UGGUGCGCUGUGUCCCUGGGACACAGCUGAUCACCGAUCAACGGAAAGAGCCGAAGAUGUCAUGUGGUCCAAUCACAGCUGAUCACAUGGGACAUGUACACUGAUCAUCAGGGCACUGAUGAUCAGUUUGCCAUGAUGAUCAGUGUAGCUCCAGCAGUGCCACCUGUCAGUGCCCAUCAAUGCCAGCUGUCAUUGCCCAUCAAUGCCACCUGCCAGUGCCCAUCAGUGCCUCAUCAAUGCCACAUAUCAGUGCCUACCAGUGCACAUCAAUGCCACAUAUCGGUGCCCAUCUGAGCUGCCUUUCAGUGUCUUCCUAUCAGUGCCAGUCAGUGCCACCUAUCAAUGCCAGUCAGUGCCACCUAUCAGUGAUGCCAAUCAGUG